AUGCUAGGCAAAGUCGUACAACUGCGCGGCGAGACGGCAGUCAUUGAUGCUGGAGGCAACGUUGACGUUAUUCUGAACAGGGAUUCACACCUCGCCGUCGGUCACGCAGUAGAGAUCAUUGGCAAAGUAGACCAGAAUCUACAUGUCAAGGUACAAGCUGCUACGGACUUUGGGACAAACAUCGACUUCAAUGCCGCAAAUGCUGUUGUAGAUGCUACACAUCGGUACAAGGAGAUCUUCUACGAUGACAACUAA